CCAUUGCCGCCCACCUCCAAGCUUCGAUUCAAGACUGACGGCUUCAAACCUCCUCCAUUGCCGCCCACCUCCAAGCUUCGAUUCAAGACUGACGGCUUCAAGCCUUCAAGGCUCCCGGCACCAGCUGCUGCUUCAAAACUCAGGGGUCUCACGAGCACGGCAUCUGCUGUUUAAUUUUGUCAAGAACCCAGCACCAGUUCCUUCUUCAAAGCUCACGGGUCUCACACUCUCACCGCAUCUGCUAUUGAUUUUUUUUCCAGAACCCAGCACCAGUUCCUUCUUCAAAGCUCACGGGUCUCACACUCUCACAGCAUCUGCUAUUGAUUUUUUUUCCAGAACCCAACACCAGUUGCUGUCUUGCUGCUUCAAAAAUCACGGGUCUCACUCUCACAGGUCUCACCGCAUUUGUUGUUGAAUUUUAUCCAGAUAUGGAUAGUGGUAAUGACACUGAAACUCAUAGUACUCCAUCAGAAUCAGCAGCUUCUACAUCACUUCGUCCACUUCCACCAUCUAGUUUAGGGAAAAGAAAACCAUCUAGGAAACCAUCCAUGGUGUGGGAUCAUUAUGAGAAAAUGGAGAAUUCAGAUCCUGAUAAUCCUAGAUGUAAAUGCAAAUAUUAUGGUGUGGACUAUGCUUGUAAUAGUAAAUAUGGGACAAGUACUUUGUUGAAUCAUUUAAAUCAUCAUUGUAAGAAGUACCCUUAUAGAGUGCAAGAUAAAAAGCAAAAAACCUUAACUUUUGGGGCCCAAAAUGAGAGUGAUGGGAGCAAUCUUUUGGCUGUUGGUUUUAAUAAGGAAGCAUGUAGGCUUGCAUGUGCUAAAAUGAUAAUCUUAGAUGAGCUCCCAUUUAGUUUUGUUGAAGGUCGUGGUUUUAGAAUGUUUUGCAAUGUAGCAUGUCCUAAAUUUGAUCCUCCGUCUCGAAGAACGAUUGUUAGAGAUAUUUAUGCAUUGUAUUUGGAUGAGAAGUUGCAAUUGAAAAAUACAUUUUCUUUGAAUUGCCAAAGAAUUAGUCUUACCACCGACACUUGGACUUCCAUUCAAAAUAUCAAUUACAUGUCUCUCACCGCACAUUAUAUUGAUUCUAAUUGGAUGCUUCACAAACGGAUUUUAAAUUUUUGUGUGAUUCCUAAUCAUAAAGGAGAGACAAUAGGGAAGCUAAUUGGGAAUUGUUUGUAUGAAUGGGGUAUUGAGAAGGUGUUUACAAUCACAGUUGAUAAUGCUUCUGCAAACAAUGUGGCAAUAGAGUAUAUUAAAAGGAAAUUGAAUAAUUGGAAAGGGUGUGUAUUGGAUGGUGAUCACUUACACAUGAGAUGUUGUGCACAUAUUGUUAAUUUGAUUGUGUCUGAAGGGUUAAGGGAAGCACAUGACUCUAUUGCUAGUAUUCGUAAUGCAGUGAGAUAUGUUAGAUCUUCUCCUGCUAGAUUACAAAAGUUUAAGGAAUAUGCUGCUCAAGAGAAAAUUGAGAGCAAUUCUCUUGUGUUUUUGGAUGUUCCAACUAGGUGGAAUUCCACCUACUUAAUGUUAGAAGCAGCUUUGAAAUUCCAAAAAGCUUUUGAAAGGUUGGAAGAGGAUGAUGGUCAUUAUCUAUCCUAUUUUAGAGAGGACGAUGGUGGUAGAAAAAGACUUGGACCACCUAAUUUUGUUGAUUGGAACAAUGCUCUUGUUUUUGUGAAGUCCUUUAAAGUUUAG